CAGAACUCGUCAUUAUCAACUUUCAAGAAAACAGCUUCGCUGCACUGCACCUUUUGUAAUUCACAUUGUAAAAAAGUCUGCGGCUGCGUACAGACCUGUAGAUUCUCCCUAAUGUCAAAUGAUUGGACAAAAACAAAAUUAAAACGACUUGAAAUCGAAUCAGAAAAUGUAAUCCUAUAAAAUGUGAACGAUCUCGUGCUUUUCAAGAUUUGUGUUUUAACUGACGAAAGAAACAGCGAACAGUUAUCAUUAGAAAGCUUUUAGAUAUUGAAUUACUUCAUCAUGGUGGAAGAAACCGCGCCUGUCGUUAAAACAAAGAAUAAGGAGAACAAAGCAGCACGCCCAAAACCAGUAUAUUUGUGGACCGUACCGGAUACCCAGAAAUGGCUACGGCGACACUGCAGUGAACGCUGCGGUAAAUACAGUGACCUCUUCCAAAAGCACGAGAUUACCGGUCGAGCGCUUUUGCGGAUCACAGAUAACUCGCUGUACCGAAUGGGCAUCGAGGAUGAGAAAGACCGCGAAGAUAUACUACGGGAGAUGAUAAAACAACGGCUCAAAACAGAUAUUAUGGAAAUUCGUGAUAUGGAACUGAUGAACAAUGUUUACGAGAAUUUAUAUUAGAAAUAUAUCGUCUUUAUUUAUUGUAACAGGUUUGCUCUUCUGAGGUGCUUAAAUUAAUAUUUUUUGUGGUUCAUUCUUAUGAUUGGGGUGAGGAGAAUAAAUUACUAGCAAUAAAUUAAAUAAAUUAAAAAUCUUAAUGGAAUGCAAACGGAAUGAAA